UGCCAUAUCCAUUUAUGAUGACUGACAUUAGGGAGCGUCUUAAAAUAGGCAGCCAGAGGGGCAAGAGGAGCACUCAGCUGGAGCCUUGGAGCUAGACACACACACACACACACUCGGCUCUGUCUGCAGCAAGAAUGUCCAUCGUCAAGAUCCACGCUCGUGAGAUCCUCGACUCCAGAGGAAACCCUACAGUGGAGGUUGACCUUUACACCGACAAAGGUCGGUUCAGGGCUGCGGUUCCUAGCGGAGCCUCCACAGGUGUCCAUGAAGCUCUGGAGCUGAGAGAUGGAGACAAAACUCGCUACCUGGGCAAAGGUGUGACUAAAGCUGUUGAUCAUGUGAACAAGGACAUCGCUCCCAAGCUGCUGGAGAAAAAGCUGAGUGUUGUUGACCAGGAGAAGAUCGAUCAGCUCAUGCUGGAACUCGAUGGCACUGAGAACAAGUCUAAAUUUGGUGCUAACGCUAUCCUGGGUGUGUCUCUGGCGGUGUGUAAGGCUGGUGCGGCGGAGAAAGGUGUUCCUCUGUACCGCCACAUCGCUGACCUCGCCGGCCACGCUGAUGUCAUUCUGCCCGUUCCGGCGUUUAACGUGAUUAAUGGUGGCUCUCACGCCGGGAACAAACUGGCCAUGCAGGAGUUUAUGAUUCUUCCCGUGGGGGCAGCGAACUUCCACGAGGCCAUGCGCAUCGGCGCUGAGGUUUAUCACAACCUCAAAAGCGUCAUCAAGGGCAAGUACGGAAAAGACGCCACCAAUGUAGGAGACGAGGGCGGCUUCGCCCCCAACAUCCUGGAGAACAACGAGGCUCUUGAGCUGCUAAAGUCAGCCAUCGAGAAAGCCGGCUAUUCCGAUAAGAUCAUCAUCGGCAUGGACGUCGCCGCCUCUGAGUUCUUCAGGAACGGAAAAUAUGACCUGGACUUCAAAUCCCCUGACGAUCCCAAACGCCAUAUCACUGGAGACCAGCUCGGCGAUCUGUAUAAGAGCUUCAUCAAGAAUUACCCAGUCCAGUCCAUUGAGGACCCCUUCGACCAGGACGACUGGGAAAACUGGACGAAGUUUACAAGCUCUGUGGACAUCCAGAUCGUAGGAGAUGACCUGACAGUGACCAACCCUAAACGCAUUCAGCAAGCUGUGGAGAAGAAAGCCUGCAACUGCCUGCUGCUUAAAGUUAACCAGAUCGGCUCAGUCACUGAGUCCAUUCAGGCAUGCAAACUGGCUCAGAAGAAUGGAUGGGGUGUGAUGGUAAGCCAUCGCUCUGGAGAGACUGAAGACACCUUCAUCGCUGAUCUGGUGGUCGGACUCUGCACUGGACAGAUUAAGACUGGCGCCCCCUGUAGGUCAGAACGUUUAGCCAAAUACAACCAACUGAUGAGAAUUGAGGAGCAGUUGGGAGACAAGGCCAAGUUUGCAGGGAAAGAUUUCCGUCAUCCCAAAGUGAACUGAGAUGAGUCAAGUCACUUCCUGCCCUGAACACUCACGUUAACUUUCGCAGUAACAGUCGCAGUAACACUCCCAGUAACACUUGCAUGAACACUCCCAUUAACACUCGCAUUUACACUUAUUUUCAUUAAAGACUUUUUAUACUGAGGCUCAGUUGAGUCCUGCAGUUAUACACAUUUUAAUCAUAAAGAUGAAAAUCAAUAAAGACUUUUCGUUCUGAACAAACAA